UCCCAUAAUUCUUUCAUGAAGGAACCUACAUGUGUUCUUUUGUGCCUAAUACUUUUUUUUUAUUUCUCAAGUUGAGAUUUUUAAAAAGGCACAGUUGGCUCAUUGCAAAACAUGUUGAGAUUAAUAGAAAAGAAAACAAUAUUUUUCACAUGGCUGUAAUAUGUGUGCUCUUGUCACUGUAAUAGAGCAGUUCAAUACAUUUUAGGUUCGAGGCUAAAGCAAAAAGAGCUGAACGCCCGCUUUAAUAAAUAAAUAAAGUCUAAAUCAACAAAUACGUAUUCAAUCUAUAUCUUAAAGGGUCUUCUGUGCCAAAUAAUUAUUCAAUAAUCUGUUUUCUGAUUUCUUCCGUUCACAUUGUAGUUCACCAUUUCGACCGCUAGGUGGCGCCGAUGACGCACCAUCUGUCACCGGGAGAACGGAAAUGGGAAAUAAAAAAACCGGAAGCUGUAGGUGAUCUCUUAUCGCCACUAGAUGGCGACAUUGCAACGCGGAGGACGCCAGCUACCGUUCAAACAAACGAAGAAGAGGAAACUGGACUCUCACUUUUUCUUUAGCUCAGCUUCACAACAAAAACGAGCGACACGUUCACGUGCCCAUCCGGCGGUCGGUGAUGGUUUCGACACCCAGGUGACCUGGACUCGACCCCGAUGACCCGACCGAGAGGUUCACACCCGGCAGCUCUCGUUUGAGUCGACCCGGCAGGUUCCACACAAGGUGACCCAUGCUUUCUGAUGAGCUCGACUCCAAACCAGAGCUGCUGGUUCAGUUUGUGCAGAAUGCGUCCAUCCCGCUGGAGCAGGUCCUGGAGGACUCGGGGUCCAAACACACCUGUCUGCCUCUGUGCGGCCCGCUGGAGCUCACAGACGGAGGCCUGAGCCACGAGCCGGAGCGCUGUUCUCCGUCCCUGUCGGCGCGCGGCCCGUUGGCGGUCCACGCCGCCCCGUUGGCGGUCCACGCCGCCCCGCGGGCCUCGCCCAGCCCGCCGCCCGUCCUCCACGACCUCCAGCAGGCCGACGGCCCGUCUUACGUCCUGCUGAACCUCGCCAAAGGCAUCACAGCCUCCUCGGAGUCCCUGAUCUUCGCGGCGGAUGGCGGCGGCGAGGACGACGACGAGGGCGUCUCGUCGGGGGACUACGGGAUCGACGGCAGCGCUCCGUGGUACCUGCGCGUCCAGGAGCUCGCCCACGACAGCCUGCUCGCCGCCACGCGUGCACAGCUGGCCCGGGACGCCAAGGCCAGCCAGGACGCCAGAGCGGCGGGCGCCGCCAACGGCGAUCACGCACACAGCGUGACAUCGGACGGGGAGAAGCGGGAGCCGCCGCCUCGGAGCAGCCGCCCGCUCGCCAAGCAGGUCCUCCGCUGCUCGUUCGAGGGCUGCUGCCGGACGUUCACCUGGCCCGCCCACCUCAAAUACCACCUCAAGACACACCGGAACGACCGAAUGUUCCGGUGCGGCGCCGAGGGCUGCGGGAAGAGUUUCUACGUGCUGCAGCGGCUGCAGGUCCACAUGAGGACGCACAGCGGCGACAAGCCCUUCACCUGCAAGGAGAAGAACUGCGGCAAGAAGUUCACCACGGCCGGCAACCUGAAGAACCACCGGCGCGUACACACAGGGGAGAAGCCGUUUCUGUGCGAGGCAGAUGGCUGUGGGCGAUCCUUCGCCGAGUAUUCCAGUCUACGGAAACACAUGCUGGUGCAUUCUGGCGAGAAGCCGCAUCACUGUGGGAUCUGCGGGAAGACGUUCUCCCAGUCCGGCAGCAGGAACGUCCACAUGAGGAAGAGGCACGGCGAGGAGGAGGGGCUCGGCAGCGAGAGCAGAGAAACAGGCGAGGCGCUCACACACAGCAGUCUGCUGGAGGCGGACGGCGGGAUGGUCACCAUGACGACGACGACCGUCGAGCCCAUGAGUCUUCACCACGCCAUGCUGAGACCGCCAGGCUCUGCAGACUCCGUGGUCAUUCUCUCUCAGCCGCACGAGUUGGUGACCAUGACGACUGAAGGCCACGCCUACGGCGACCACGUGGUGGCGCUGCUCUAGGACCGCGGCGACACAAAUCACUGACUCCACCCCCUGUAGAU